CACUUCCGUGGUGUACAUACGCACGGGUGAUAGCAGCUAGCAAGUUGGGUAAUCUUUUGUGACAAGUGUUUUAGUGCUACGAAGAGUUUCGUUUGAAUUAUCGAGCAAUACUUAUCUAAGAACAGUUUAAUAGUGUGGAGAUAUGGCGGACAAACUCAGUAUGUCGUUGGAUGAUAUCAUAAAACAAAAUAAACAACAGAAAGGUGGCGGAAGAUCUCGCAGAGGAAGCGGCAGCAGCCGUGGGGGCAGUGGGGGAUUUCGAAGUGGAUCGGGUCCGACGAGAAAUCGACAAAAUUUCAACCGAGACAGAAAUCCAAGACCGGCUCCAUAUUCCAGGCCUAGAGAACUGCCAGACAAAUGGCAACAUGACAUGUUUGAUGAUGGUUUCGGAAGUAGCAGAGUUCAAAGGCGAGACUCCAGUCCGGUUGUUGGUUUGGAGACCACCGGCAAGCUUCUGGUGUCCAACCUGGACUUUGGGGUGUCUGAUGCUGACAUAAAGGAGUUAUUUAAGGAGUUUGGCAAUCUGACAAAAGCAGCCGUGCACUAUGACCGAUCAGGCCGAAGCCUGGGAACAGCGGACGUCCACUUUGAGAAAAAAGCUGAUGCACUCAAAGCCAUGAAGCAGUACAACGGUGUCCCUCUUGACGGUCGCUCCAUGGAUAUCCAGCUGGUGACUGGACAGAUAACUUCAAGUCGGAGGUCACCGUCAAGGCAAAGCUCAAGUGAAGGAGGACGAGGAGGAGACAGGGACUCCGAUUCCGGUGGAAUCAAGCGACGAGUUCGACUCGGGGCUCGCGACUCUGAUUCUGGCGGCUCUUUCAGACGGGAGCGGCUCGGCGUGCGAGACCCUGAUUUCGCGGGAUCGAGGCGUGAGGGUGGUGGUGGCGGCGGCGGUGGCUACAGAGGAAGAGGAGGACGUGGUGGACGGGGAGGACGACGAAACGAGACCAAACAGCUCACUGCGGAGGAGCUGGACGCACAGCUAGAUGCCUACAUUUCCAAGAUGGACACCAGUUAAGCAGUAUCUGAUGUUAAGCGCUUGACCUAGCCAUUCCCUCCUCCUAUGGAGAAAUGCCAGUCUCGGACCUCAGGAUGGACACUUUUUUUUCUUUUUUUAGGAAUUAGACCUCACAAGAGGUUGUGUACACAGUUGAUGGUCUAUGGAGAGCUUUUUGUGUUUUGUUAUGAUUUUAAAUUUUUCUUCUCCCAGCUCUAUAUGAUUUUAUGCUCUCUAAAUGUUUUAAAUGCAUAGUGGGUUUCUGUAAACACUGUAAUAUUUUGUAAUCCUGUAUUAAACCUACUGUGCCUUUGUA